CAUACCCUUUUAGUUUUGUCACAGACCAACUUUCCCUGACCCUUCCACACCCUUUCUUCCAUCACUUUCCUCAUAAACUUGAUUGCAUUCUCCAACCCAAAGCAAAAACAACACCACACACAUGGCAGCUUUUUCAUACCAGUACCACCCUUUCCUUGUUGACCCUGCAUUCUUCCCCAACAUGCACACUCCUCCUUCUCCUCCUCACUUUCACUUUCCUCAGGAAACAUCUCCUAAUGUCACUAACCAGGAAACUAGCUGUGUUGACCAAAGUUCCAAGAUCACCAUCAGUGACAAUGAGCCUUCUGUCACCAAAAACCUUAGUCCUCAGUCCUCCAUGGUGGUGGACAAGCUUGAAACUGGUGAACAGGUCACUCAGAAGGUGACUCCUGUCCAGAAGAAAAGGAGAACCAGAAAUGGAUCUUCCUUGAGCAACCCUCAAUCCAAGGAUAUUGCAACAGAAGGGAGGAACAAGAAACAAAGGAAGAGCAAUUGUGGGGUGAAAGAAGAGGAGAAGGCAAAAGAAGAGAAGAAGGAGAAAAAGUGUGCUGAAGAGCCCCCAACUGGCUAUAUCCACGUCAGAGCAAGAAGGGGUCAGGCAACGGAUAGCCACAGCCUUGCUGAGAGGGUGAGAAGAGAGAAGAUAAGUGAAAGGAUGAAGGUGUUGCAACGGCUUGUGCCAGGCUGUGAUAAGGUGACUGGAAAGGCCCUUAUGUUGGAUGAAAUAAUCAAUUAUGUUCAGUCUUUACAGAAUCAAGUUGAGUUCUUGUCAAUGAAGCUGGCUUCUGUGAGUCCCAUGUUUUAUGAUUUGACAACGGACCUAGACUCACUAUUUGUUAGACCAGAGAAACUAAAUAGCAUGGCAUCACCAUCACCACUUCCAUCUGUGUCACAUUGCAACAGCCCCAACCAAGCCACAACUUUUGCUGAUACAACCACCAUGAACCCCACCAACAUCUUCCACACCGCUAGUGACUAUCUUUUGGACAAUUCCGCUUCACUUUUUCUUCAAGGGCAGCGGUCCAAUGUCUUCUCUGAAGAGGAUACCGGUAGUCAAUUCUGGGACGCAGAGGACCAGAGACAAAAGUUUCUUCAUCCAUAUGGAUUCAGCAACAACUUAUGUUCCUUUCAUUAAUAUAAAAUUCACAAAAGCUGCCCUACAAAACUACGAACAUGUUGAUUUAGCUUUUACACUAGGUAAGGAAAUUCCAAAGAAGCAAAAGAAUGAGCCAAAAAGAAGUUAGGAAUUAGCACAAAAAAGCAAAGCAACGCUUGGUAUCAGUAUUAAGGAAGGGUAGGGUAAUUGGUGGCGUAAAGAGUGUGGCUUGGUUCCUAGUCCAUCAGAUUAAAGUGACCUUUGAAGAUGAAUAAAGGGCACCAAAAUUAAUGGAUGAAGAACCAAAAGGACAGAAAAUACCGACCAAAUAAGACCAUAUCUUUUGUAGAUCCAUUGUUCUGUUCCAGUGAUUUUUGACUCUCCAAGGACUUAUGAUGCACAAAUUCCGAGAGACAUCAAUCCUAUAUACAGAGGAGACAUUGAAAUUUAUGUCAUGUAAAUUAUAAAAGUAUUGAUUCUUGUGGUGGCAGUUAUUCUGUUGGUACAGUUAAUUUCACCAUUAUUGAGAAAUGAGGGGUUGAUGCUACUGAUUAUGUUCUUGACAUGACUGGCCAUGCAUUUGUUUCUUGGUCUAGUUAGCUUUUAUGUAUAUGUAUCUGCAGAAUCUUCAGAGUUUUGGCAUCAUUAUGAUUAUUGUUAUUAUUAUUGUUUAUGAUUC